AUUCAACUUCAAACCGAUGUGCGAGAAGGUUUUUCUCAUCACUCUGAAGUUUUUAAGAUGGCUGUCUUUCUGGUAAAAUGAAAAAAAUUAGUUAAAACGUCUGAAGUAGCGCUCAGAAAUGGAUUCAAAGAAUCAAAAGAUAAAGAGACCAAAACGUCAGCAAAAAGUGAUAGAAGACUAUUGGGAUUGUUCUGUGUGUACAUUUAGAAAUACAGCAGAAGCUUUCAAGUGUCUAAUGUGCGAUGUAAGAAAAGGAACCUCAACGAGGAAGCCGCGUUUGAAUUCAGCUCUUGUAAGCGCUCAGCAGGCGGCAACUCAACUUCAAUUUCCUGGAUCAAGUAAUCCACAUAGCUCUAAAUCUUCCAAUAAGCUUUCGCGAAAUAAAAACAAAAGAUCGAAGUACGUCAGGUUGAAAAACAUCGAUCGAACGACAGGAAAAGAUGAACAGGUGACGGUGAAUAACGUUACUAUCGUCAUAACCGAAUACAAGGCAAAAAUUGUCAACAACCGCGAAUCGCGGAAUGAUUCAAGUGAUUAUAGUGAAAGUAAUGAUUCGCGAAGUUAAGCACAACUUCCUUUUAAACACUUAUGAAAACUCCAUAGGAUUGUGAAUCGAAAUAGAAUUUAUAAUAAAUUUUAGUUAAUCUAAAAUGUGCGCAUGAUCUAAAGCAACAGAGACAGCUGUUAUAACAACAAACCAACAAUAUAGAAACACAACUGGAAGAUGGAAUUAGUUUCGAUAAUAUUAUAUAAAUACUGCCAUUAUUCUACUAAUCGACAAAUCGAUAUUCUUAUCAAUAUCACAAUGAAAAUAUGAAAGCGGAUUAAGUUUAGUUUACGACAAUAUUUAUAUCAACGCAUAAUUUCAGUCUUCAAGUAGAGUUCACUAUUGAGCGAGUCAACAUUUUUAUCCCAAGCUGAAAAUUAUAAGAAAAGAAAAGUUUAAACCAAAAAAAGAAAAAGUGAUGAAAUCAGAAUCGAAAUUAUAUUAAAUUCAACUACUUUUCAUUUUCUCUCUCUCUCUCUCUCUCUCUCUC